GGACUCGGUCUGGACGGUUAGGCAUUCUCCUUUCACUACUAGACGGGAAAGGGAUAUUAUUGAUUUGCUAGUAUACUUCUUGACAUGGAAAACCUGAAGGAAUAUUAUUCAGGUGAAUAGAUGUUGACAUUUUAUUAGAAGUCGACUCUGGAAAGAACGGACUAACGUCUCCCAUCCCUCCCGCCACCAUGAGUUCCUGGGUUGUGAACAGGAAAGGAGGGCCGCAGUACUGCCAUCACUUCCUCACAGACAACAGCAUCUUUCAUGUGGAGCGAUGUAUGUGUGUGAUGCAGUCAGGGACACAGAUGGUGAAGUUGAAGGCUGGUUCCAAGGGGCUGGUGAGACUGUUCUACCUGGACGAACAUCGCUCAUGCAUCCGAUGGAGACCCUCACGCAAGAGCGAGAGGGCCAAGAUCACCAUUGAUUCGCUGUACAAGGUGACGGAGGGCCGCCAGUCAGACAUCUUCCACCGCCAUGCGGAGGGCAGUUUCGACCCGGCCUGCUGUUUCACCGUUUACCAUGGCAACCACAUGGAGUCCCUAGACCUGGUGACCUCUAACCCUGAAGAGGCUCGUACCUGGGUGACAGGACUACGAUACCUGAUGGCUGGCAUCAGUGACGAGGACUCACUGGCCAAACGACAACGGACACAUGACCAGUGGAUGAAGCAGACGUUUGAGGAGGCUGAUAAGAACGGGGAUGGUCUGUUGAACAUGGAGGAGAUCUACCAGUUACUGCACAAGAUGAACGUCAACCUGCCCCGCAGGAAGGUCAAACACAUGUUCCAGGAAGCGGACUCAGAUGACCAACAGGGCACGUUGACGUUUGAGGAGUUCAGCGUGUUCUAUAAGAUGAUGUCACUGCGGCGGGACCUGUAUCUGCUGCUCAUGGGAUACAGCGACAGGAAGGACCACCUGACGGCUGACGAGCUGGCCAACUUCCUGCGCAACGAACAGAAGAUGAUGAAUGUGACUACAGAAUACUGUCUGGAUGUCAUUGAUAAGUUUGAGCUUUCUGAAGAGAACAAACAGAAAGGCAUUCUGGGAAUUGAGGGUUUCACCAGUUUCAUGCGCAGCCCCACGUGUGAUGUGUUUAACCCUGAACACCAUGAGGUGAACCAGGACAUGGAUCAGCCUCUGAGUAGCUACUACAUCUCCUCGUCUCAUAACACCUACCUGACAGGAGACCAGCUGCUGUCUCACUCCAAGACAGACAUGUACGCCUGGGUACUACAGGCUGGCUGCCGCUGUGUGGAGGUGGACUGUUGGGAUGGUCCUGAUGGAGAGCCCAUGGUUCAGCACGGCUACACUCUGACCUCCAAGAUCACCUUCAAGUCUGUCAUAGAGACCAUCGACAAAUACGCCUUCAUCAACAACCGGUACCCAGUGAUCCUGUCCAUAGAGAACCACUGUUGCAUCCAACAACAGAAGAAGAUAGCCCAGUACCUCAGAAAGAUCCUGGGAGAUAAGCUGGACCUGGGAGAGACUUUCCACAGAGACUCUAAACAGCUACCCAGCCCCCACUGUCUACAGGGGAAGAUCCUCAUCAAGGGGAAGCGGCUCCCUCUGUACCUGUCUAUAGACGUUGAGGAGGGGGAGGUGUCAGAUGAUGACAGUGCUGAUGAGAUUGAGGACGACUUUAAACUGAAGAACAGCAAUAGUAAUGGUAACCAUCAAGUAGAAAGUUACAUCAGGAAGAAGCUGGACUGUCUUUUGAAGGAGUCUCAGAUCGGAGACAAGGAGGACACAGACAGCUUCAGCAUCAGAGCCUUGCUCAGAGCCACACACGUAGGCCUGCAGAAGAACCUAACGAAUCACAAAGAGGGACUUAAAAAAUCCCAAAGUCGAUCCUUCAUCAGCAACCUAAAGCAAAAGAGACACUCCAAGUCCAGGCUGAAGUCCCAGAGUAUGGAUGGAGAACAGGAAGGACAGGAGACCUCUGGGAGAGAGGCGGGAGGACAUAUCACCAGGGGAGAGGGAAAGAGGAAGACGAUUAAGCUGAGUAGAGAUCUGUCAGACCUGGUGGUGUUCACUAACUCUGUGGCCUCUCCCGAGGGACUGGACGACUGUACUCCGGGGAAUGUUCUGUCGUUCAGUGAGACUCGUGCCCAGCAGCUAGUGAACCACAGAGCUGAGCGCUUCCUGUGUUUCAACCAGCGACAGCUGUCUAGAAUCUACCCCUCAGCCUACCGUAUAGACUCGUCCAACUUCAACCCUCAGCUCUACUGGAAUGUGGGCUGUCAGCUGGUGGCUCUGAACUACCAGACAGAGGGUCGGAUGAUGCAGCUGAACAGAGCCAAGUUCAUGGUGAACGGUGGCUGUGGCUACGCCCUCAAACCUCCACCCAUGUGUAAAGGCUCGUUCAACCCGUUCUGUGAUGACCCCCUCCCUGCCUAUCCCAACAAACAGCUGGUACUGAAGAUCAUCAGUGGACAGCAGCUUCCCAAACCACCAGACUCUAUGCUGGGGGACCGAGGAGAGAUCAUUGACCCGUUUGUAGAGGUGGAGAUCAUCGGCCUGCCAGUGGACUGCUGCAAGGGGCAGACACGAGUAGUGGACGACAACGGUUUUAACCCCGUGUGGGAGGAGAACCUGUCCUUUACCCUCCACAUGGCGGAGGUGGCUCUGGUGCGUUUCCUCGUCUGGGACCAUGACCCCAUUGGACGGGACUUUGUAGGCCAGAGGACCGUAGCCUUCGGCAGCCUGAUGCCAGGUUAUAGACAUGUGUACUUGGAGGGGUUGACUGAGGCGUCCAUCUUUAUCCACGUAUCAGUUCAUGACAUCUAUGGGAAGUGGAGUCCACUAGUCCUGAACCCCAGCUUUACCAUAAUGCACUUUCUAGGAGCCAACAAGGGUCGUCAGCUGCGAGGCAUCAGAGGCUUGUUCAACAGGUCCUCUAAGUCGUCAGUAGACACCAGCUGUGGUUCGGCCCUCAGGAAACGCUCCAUCAGCGACCUCCUCCUCCGACGCACCGCCAGCGCCCCCACCAACCGACGCAAGAAAUCCAAGAUGAAGCUCGCUGAGUCCUCCACCUCCAUAUCAGACCGCAAGGCCUCCAUAUCAGACCGCAAGGCCUCCAUAUCAGACCGCAAGGACAGAGUGGGGGCCGGGGAAGGGUCUGGGAGGGUCUGGGAGGGGUCCAAGGACAGUGAAAGGGACAGAGAGAGGGUAGUGGUGGAGAGGAGCCCCCCACUUCACGCCCCCGUCUCCCACAGACCCAUCUCCAUGCCUCUGGAGAGGCUACUGCAGGGACAGCUCUCCCUCUGCUCCCCCGACCAGGAGCAGACUGACCUGGGUGCAGACACACUCAUCGGAACUUCCCCCUUUGAUCGGCCCAAGUCCCACUCUGUGGAACUCCUCAUCGAAUCAUCCGCCUCCCUUGAACACAGUGUGUCCACCCCUUCCACCAAUCACAACAACACGCGGGAUAGGACCACAGAGCUUGACCAAUUAGACGAGACCUCCUACCUGGUCAUUGGCCAAGGAGGAGGAAGUAUAGAUGGUGACUCCAGAGAGCAAUUAAAGGACAGAGUCAACCCACCCAUCAAAGCUGAGGGCAUUUCCUCUCGCCAAAGGACGUUGUGUUACCUAAGCAGGUCAACAAAGACAGAGAGCAACUGUUUACACGUACCUACUGAGAACAGACCAGAGACAACAUUACAUAGUACAACAAACACGCCAGCACCUUCCUCCUCUUCUUCUUCCUCUGUCCCCUCUUCCUCUGUGCCCCCCCUCUCCCCACCCAACGUGGACUGGUCCGAUCUUCAGAGCCCCGUCUCCCGGCAGGACAGCACCAUCUCGCGACUCAUUGAUGCCGUAUCCCUCGGCAACGACACCAGCUGCGGCUCGAUCUCCGCUCUGAUUGGCCAGUUUGACCUCACCGCUGACCAGAAUGACCUCACAACGAACUCUGACCCCCACGUCCUCAGUGUCAUGUCCUGUCUGCUCCAUCCCACUGUCCAGGACUCCAGCACACCCUAUAAGGUUACCGUGGACUGUACCACCCCAUAUAAAGACCCACAGACCACCACCUCCCCCCGCAAGGCAACGAACGGACCUAUCACUCCUCGAAAGGCAAGCCAGACCCCUAACCAAGCAAACCACAACCUCAUCCCACCCCACCCCAAGACCUCCCACGCAGACCCCCCUGCCCCCCUUCUCUUCUCCAGUCCUGAGACCACGGAGCUGGAGGAGGUCUAUACCAUCCUGGAUGAGGAGGUCUUGUCUCCAGUCUCUGUCUACAACCUGAGGGAGCAGACCGUAGGCAACAUCCAGGCUGACUCUGAGGAGAGCACACCCAUGGGCAGCCUGGAGCCAUCCCCAACCAAGGUGCCUCCUCGCCUGGGGGCAGAGGACAGCUGGGUGGGCUCACGGAGGGGUGUAGUGGAGGUGGAGGAGCCAGGACAGGGCUAUGGGGGUGUCAGUGAUCCUACAGAGCUGGGGUCAGGGGGGGAGUGGGGGUCGUCAUGGGGUUACAGGUGCCCAUCUGUCAACAGCACAGUGUCUGACCGGUUGCUGUUGUGCCAGGACUCAGCAAGAAGUCAUCUGAUGGAGGUGGAGAUUAACGUGGACGAGGAUCCACUGGAGAUUCCCCUCACCUUACCGAGACACAACUGCACCAGGGUCGCUACCAGCCCAACCAAACAAUACGCUGCUCCCCAAAGCCAGUUUAACCAACUAAUCCCCUCUCCCCGGUACGCACCCCAACUCUCCCAGUGUCUUUCCCCCCUCGUACAAUCCUCACACCAGCCCUCCCCUCGCAACACCCCAUCAAUAACCCCACAAACCCAGCCCUCCCUCUUCGAAAGGCCCCCCAACCCCAGCACCCUCCGCCUGAACAGCCACCCCUCCACCCACAGCAGGGCUGAGCUCUCCUUUGAGAACAGCAGAGACAUUACCAGAGCCUACACCCAGCAGCACAGCUACAGUGGACCCACCCAGGCCCAGACCAGGGGCUACCAGGGUAGGCACACCCAGGCCCAGACCAGGGGCUACCAGGAUGGGCACACCCAGCCACAGACCAGGGGCUACCAGGGUGGGCACACCCAGCCACAGACCAGGGGCUACCUGGAUGGGACAGGGGAAGGGCAGGAUCAGGGUGAAGCAUCAACCUGCUUCCAGAAUGGGUUGUCCUCCUCUGAGUGUCUGCCUGGUCUGUCUAGUAUGUCUGGUUCAAGGUAUGGUAGCUUCCCAAGAGACCGAGGACUGUACUCCCCUAUCUCAGACUGUGAUGUGGCCUACAGCCAUCUAGACUACAACUGCUUCAGGCCCUCCGCUGCCUCGGCAUCCCCCUACACCCAUCUGCAACCCCGGCCCCAAUCAAAUACCCAGCCUCUACCCCAGGCCCAACCCCAAUCACACACCCAACCCCGACCCCAAUCACACACCCAGGCCCAGCUCCAGUUCCAACCCCGUUCUGGCCCCCCUCCGCUGCCCCUCUCGGGCCCCACCCUUGCCCCUCCUCUACCUAUCCCCAGACCACUCACAGCCCCCAGCCCCUGCAAGUCCAAGUCUCUGGGUGACCUGACAUCAGAGGACAUCUCCUGCAACUUCCACAGCAAGUACAACAUCAUCAGCCGCAGCUUCAUCACCCCCUGUAUGAAGGAGCGGAGGAGGAUGAGGGGCCUGGGAGGUCUGUCCCAACGGCUGCAGUCUGCAGACCCCCUCACUGAGCAGCUCCGCAAACUAGUCACCCUGGAAGGGGAUUACAGAGAGCGGGACAGACCCCAGUCUCCCCAGCUGCCCCAGUUACCUCAGUUACCCCUCAAACCCUUCAUUCCCCCAUCACGCCCCUGCCCCCCCUCAAACGUUGUCCCUGAUGCCCAGGAGGACUCCCCCCCGCUCCUCUCCCGUCGCCUUUCCUCUCGGAGCCAGAGCCGUGUGCGUCACAUCAACAACCGCGCUCGAGAGAGGCAGCAGGAGGCUCUGAAGUCCCAGGACAUGAGCGCCCCCUCCAGCGUGGGAGGGGUAGUGCUGCGUACUAAAGUAGCAGCAGGUCAGAACCCCCCAGCUAACAGACACUCCACAGGCUCUUACAUAGCGGGCUACCUGGACCAGCUGGAGGACAGGGGGCUGCCUGAGGGGGCGUGCAACACACUGGGGUACGGAUACGGAGAUCACUAUGGUGAUCAUUAUCAUGAUGACUCUCUUCUGCCCACAGACUCCUGUAUAAGAUCAGAACCGGAAGUUUACUUCCUGCUCAGACUCUGAACCCACUUCCUGGUUAUCAGGAAUGAUGCAUAAUGUACUUCCAGAACACAGAAAAUCAGCUUCCUGCUUAUAACCGAGAAAAAACUCAAAUAUAUAUCCUGGUUGGUCUGUCCAGUAAUACAGGUAUAAAGUUAACUACCUGAUUGGUCUGUCCAGUAAUACAGGUAUAAAGUUAACUACCUGAUUGGUCUGUCCAGUAAUACAGGUAUAAAGUUAACUACCUGAUUGGUCUGUCCAGUAAUACAGGUAUAAAGUUAACUACCUGGUUGGUCUGUCCAGUAAUACAGGUAUAAAGUUAACUACCUGAUUGGUCUGUCCAGUAAUACAGGUAUAAAGUUAACUACCUGAUUGGUCUGUCCAGUAAUACAGGUAUAAAGUUAACUACCUGGUUGGUCUGUCCAGUAAUACAGGUAUAAAGUUAACUACCUGAUUGGUCUGUCCAGUAAUACAGGUAUAAAGUUAACUACCUGGUUGGUCUGUCCAGUAAUACAGGUAUAAAGUUAACUACCUGAUUGGUCUGUCCAGUAAUACAGGUAUAAAGUUAACUACCUGAUUGGUCUGUCCAGUAAUACAGGUAUAAAGUUAACUACCUGAUUGGGUCUGACAUUUUGUCUGUGAAUGUAAUUUGGAACAGACUGUGAACCACUUCCUACUUUGAUUGUACCUGUUUCCUGUCCUGCCUGUUCCUUGUAAUUCUACUUCCUGUUCAAGCUAACUCCACCUACAAUGAAGCAAAAAAUUUGAAACUUUCUAAAUGUGUUUUACUCUGAAGGGAAGUGUUGUCUUGGUGUGUGUACAUUUUAAAUAUGUAUUGGUAUUAUCAGAGGCCCGCUGGGCACAGACGUCAAUUCAACGUCUCUUCCACGUUGGUUCAACGUCAUUUAGUUGAAAUGACGUGUAAACAACGUUGAUUCAACCAAUGUGAAGCACUUUUAAGGAGUGUGAUCUGUUUCAUCAGAGAGCUUCCUCAAGUCUUCCUUUCUCCUCUCAGUGUGUUGUUUGUAAAUAUUCAUACUGUAAAUUCGUUUUAAUGGACGGUGGUGUUAUUUAGUUGACGGUACAGCUGUUUUCUGCAUGUUAAACGUGGACAUGUCCAGCAUGACUAUGCAUCGAUCUGUAGACAUCACAGUGCACUACUGUCUUUGUACAGAACAAGUAAUAGUGGGAUUGGAUGAAAUACAGUACAUAGAGAGUACAAUACAGUAUGUAGACAGUACAAUACAGUAUGUAGACAGUACAAUACAUAGACAGUACCAUACAGUACAAUACAGUACAUAGACAGUAC